AUGUUUAUUACAAACAGGUCCUGUCCAGACUUUAAAUCCAUCCAGUUUUUGCUGAAUCUGAGCGUCGCAGCAGUCGACUGUCAAUCAGAUGAAGGAGAGAGUUUUACUGAGCUGCUGACAUCAGUGUGUAGAUACAACACGUUCCCUUAUGGUGAAGAGUUUCAUGGAUUCCAAGAAAGACAGAGUGGUUUCCUGCUGGAUCUGUACUCCCGUGUGAAGCAGUAUGAGAGUGAAACAGACAGGAGUGUCCUUCCAGUAUUGCUGCCAGUUUACCAGUCAGGUCCUCCAGUCUGGUUCAUAAAUCUCUCAAAGAGAAAAGUCUCCCUCCUCCUAGAAGUGCUGAAACUCCACACAGAGAAGAAACCAGUGGUGCUGAGAGUCUGUUCAGAUGAAGAGAGUGAAGUGAGGAGUUUCCUUCAGUGUCUGCCCUACAUCUCACAACUCAGGGUUAAUAGAUGUGCAGAAAGGUUUAUUCCACGUUUAAGUGAAGCAGUUGUUGACUGCGCAGAAGAUACAGAUGUGGUGAGAGCUUUCUUCACUGCCAUGGACUUUACCUUCACUAUAGAUUGGGUUUUAACCACUCGUGAGUGCAGAGCUGUGAGGAAAGUGCUGAAUCUCUCAGACUCCAAACUCAAACUCACUCUAAAACCCAGAGCCAUUUCUCUCAGAGGGGCCGGACUUCUCUUCAGACACAUUACACACCUACAGAAACUCUGCCUGAGUGACCGUGUGUUAGGGAGGCUGGUCCGAGCGGUGAGAGCAGUAAGAGCUGGUGGAUCAUUGGUCAUUGAAGAGCUCUGUCUGGACCAUAACAGAAUAAAGCCAAAGAACGAGAUGUUCAAAGUUCUGAGCAGUUUGUCUUCUCUCUUAAACAUCUGGACUGUUCACUGUGUGAACCUCACUGAGUGCAGCAUGGAGUCUCUCUCUCUUAUUAGCCUCAUGUGUCAUCCUGGGAAUUUAAAGAUCAGGUUAUCCAAAGCGACUCUCCAGCAGUUUAUUGAUCUGCUGUAUGUUGACAAGGAUGAAGACCUGACCAGAUUUUUCCUGGAGAAGGUGGGAGGAGACCUGACUUCCUGUUCUCUCAGAUGGGAGGAGCUUAUCCAUUUCCUCCAGCAGCGAGUUUGUCGUGUUAGCGUGAACAUCAGAAAGAGUGAAAUCACAUAUAAACACGCCAGACAGAUGCUUCCUCUACUGUCUGAAGUUCAGUUUAAAAGAUUGAACCCCAGGGUUUUGCUCUCAAUCAUCAGAGAGAUCUAUGAGACUGGCUCUGCUGACUGUGUGUCUGGUCUGUUGAGUUCCACACACAGCUGUAUCAACCUGAACAAUACAGAUGUGGACUCUUCUCACUGUACUGCCCUGUGCUUCACCCUCCAACACUGUACUUCUGUCUCUCUGAGCCUGCUGUGGACCUCCAUACCUGAGGAGGAGCUGCUGAAGAUUCUGCCUCUGUUCAAUAGAGUUUCUCAGCUCAGUGUUGACAGGGUCCUGUUGCUGAAGUUUCUCCACUGUUGCAAAGAGCUCCUGCAGGGGGCAACAGCAGCACUUUUCUCUACUCUGCAGAACAGACUGGACUUCUCUUGUAGCACUGGUUUGAAUCUGAGCACAGAAACGCAGGACUGCACUCUGACUCUGAGCACUGAGGACUGUCGAGACAUCAGCACUGCCAUCCUGAAAUCUCACCGACUUACAGAACUCAUUCUAGAGGACUGUGAGGUGGAGGACACAGGAGUGGACAUGUUCUUCCACAUUCUACAUACUGUGAAACUGCGCUGUAGUAAACCUCUGUUACUCCGGUUCCUGUCUCUUCUCCGUGUGGUGAAUGAAUCAGACUGUGUGAAGCGUGCUAUUUCCCUCUCACGUGCCCUGGAUGGACAGAUGGACCUCAGUGAGAAUCCUCUGGACCUUCGUGCCUGUAGAUCACUAGCAUUGUUUCUGGAAUAUUGUGAAGGUCUGUCUGAAUUGGACCUCAGCCACUGCCAGCUCUCUGAUCAGAACCUGGAGCUGCUGUUACCUCACCUACAUAAAGCAGCUGUCCUGGACCUCAGUCACAAUGCCAUACAUGAUUGUUUAGCAGGAAAAAUCUAUGCAAUUGUUUCGACUAACAGCAACAUACAGACAGUUCGACUUUUUAACAACAGGAUUACUGAUAAACAGUUUUUCCAAACGGACAAGCGCUUUGAGAUCUGGUGAUAACUGUGGAGCAGUGCUGUGUUUUCACACUUCUCUCCCUGAACAGUGAAGAAUGAAGCAUGAAUCAUCCUCUAUAUCCUCACUUCUCAGUUCUUUUUUAUACAGCAUAUCAGUUCUGUUGUAACUUUUCAGUCCAAUUAUUUUUUACAUGGCAUCGCAUUUAAUGUAGGUUAAAUGUAUAUUUUAUUUUAAUUAUAAAAAAAAAAAUAACCUAAACAAAUUAUUUUUACUUAUUUGUUUAAAUUCAAAUCAUGUUUUAGGAAGUGCCUGUAAGGAAAGGGAAGUGUAUGUGUUUCUUUAAUUUUCUGAAUGUAACUGAUAAUUUGCCUAUUACACCAUUAAACGUGGAAACUUUAACACAAUAUAUCUUCCAUUCACUUUAUAGCGAUAAGCCAAGUAAGGUACAUCUUAUGGCAGAAUAUUUUAACUGUGUUUAAUAUUGCAUUUUAUAUUGUAGAGGGAAAAAGUCUUCUAAUUCUGCUAAUUAAUAUGUUUAAAGUCCUGACUCUCUAUAAUCACAGAGCAGCGCACCGUUAUCAUCACUACUGUUGUUUUUACAAUUAGGGCUAAAAUAUUAGUAAAUAAAGAAGUUUGUGGGUAAAUCAAUUAUUUUUAUAAUAAAAUAACUUAUUUUAAAAAGUAAAUGUAUUUAUUUAUACAGAGCCAUGCAUCUGUUUUGUAUUUCGAAAAAAAAUGCCAAUACACCAAUGAUACAACCCUGUAUAAAAUCUGAUUAAAAAGUCAACAUAUUUAAUUCUUACAUUCAAUUCAAUUUUAUUUGUAUAGUGCUUUUAACAAUUUUAAUUGUCGCAACAAAACAAGUCUGUAUGGAAUGUAAGUGUGCAUGAAUCAAGAUGAGCAGACAGUCCCUGGUGAGCAAGCCGCAGGCGACAGGUAUUACAUGAAUACCUAACAAUUAAUUUCCAAUGGACAAAUGCAAAUCAUCGUCUUUGGUUAAAUAUAUAUUUACUUUUUAUAUAACUAUU